AUGUCGUCCACCAGGUUGCCCAAUAUUCCUGCUCUCCGUAAACAGCAACUUCUGCUAGAAUUUGCAAGCCUGAAGUAUGCAGCUAUUCCAGGAGUCUAUGUUUCUCUGUCUCCGACCGAUCCAACUCUUUGGUCCGGCGUGAUAUUUGUACGAACUGGCCCCUAUGCUUCUGCUGUCCUUCGAUUCCAGAUUCACUUCCCCGUCUCUUAUCCCGACCUUCCACCCCUCGUGAUCUUCUCAACGGAUGUGUUCCAUCCCCUCCUUGUGCCCCUUACCACAUAUACAUUCAGCACGGGUGCAUCAAGCGAAGAUCCCGUCAGUGCGACAGAUGAAGAGCGAUUACCCCCUGGUGGUUUCAGCCUCCGGCAUGGAUUUCCACAUUGGUUUGGACGAGCGAAGAAAGCCACGGGACGGCAGUCAAUAGGUUCGUCAAAAGCCGUCAGUUUGAACGGACAAGCUCCGAAUGGAGAAGAGGGCACGCCUGCGAAUGAUCCCUCUACUCCCGCGUCACCCCAGCGCAACGAUGCAGGAGGGAGCGACAAUGCCGCUACCGACAAAGAAGAACCCAUUCAAGAGACAAGAAAGACAGUACCAGUAGCAGUACUACUGAACUAUAUCCGGUCAACGUUCGAUAACGAAACCGUGCUCGACUCCCUCCCCCUUGAAGCAGCUGGAAACCCCAGCGCGUGGCACGCAUGGAAGGCACACAGAAGAGAGAGUGGCGAAGCUGCGACGAAUAACUCGAAACGGGAUAGUCCGCAGGCGCGUUCUCCUGGGGAUUGGCACUGGGAUGGAAUUUGGGCCAAGCGUGUCCAGCAUGAGAUCGAGACAAGUCGUUCAGACCAGAUGUUGUUUGGAAGUGCUGCUCGAGGGGCUACCGAUGAAAUGAUCCGGUUUUCUCGCUUGGACGACACCACAUUAGCCUCGAUUAAGGGGAUGAUGAUUCCUCGGAUGGAGGAAGCUCAUGAAUAG